CGCGUUGCACAAUUAUGCAAAACACACUCAUGAUUUUAUUUAUAUUACUUAGAAACCGCCCCUUCUUUUACUCUCUUUUUUAAAUUGCUUAAUUCUAUCAAACAUGAGAAGGAACUGCAAUCUCGAACUCCGGCUUGUUCCGUUCUCUGAUAUCGACCAUCACCACCGUGACAACCGCCAUCACCAACCAAUAUCGACAGAGAAGGAAGGUAGUGAAAGCCCACAGCAGAAGCAACAGCUAACUAUUUUUUAUAAUGGGAGCGUUUGCGUUUGUGACGUUACUGAGCUUCAAGCGAGAGCAAUUUUGCUGUUGGCGAGUCGGGAAAUGGAAGAAAAGCUAAAAAGCCCAGUGGGAACCCCGACCUGCAGCUCGGAAACAGCUUCUCAGAAAUUGCCAUCUCAGCUGUGUAGGCCUAGUGCAGGUCUUUCCAUGAAGAGAUCAAUCCAAAGGUUCCUCCAGAAGAGGAACCAUAGGAUUCAUGCAACCUCUCCUUAUAACCAUGAAGGCUAGCUUUUGAUGAUAUAUACAUGAUUAUAUAUAAAGGAUUAUCUCUAGGCGUUAAUUAAUCCUUCUCUCCUGAAAGGGUUACAUUUCUGAUGGGGCUUGUAUAUAAUAAUUAAUACAUUAUAUGUAUGCAUUUAUUAAUCAAUUUGUUGAUUAUUUGAUGAUGAUAUUAUGUUCCAGAAUAA